UGUCUAUUUGUUGGUUGGGAAAUUUUCUGCUAUAAAAGCUGCCAGUCCGGACGGUAGAUCUUCACAAGCAUUCUUGCUCAUCUCCAAAGCAAAAGCAAAUUAUCCAACAUGCAACCGAUGUUCGCCGUCGCUCUUUUCGCCGCUUUGGUGGCCAUCGCCUCAUCCGCUCCCCAAGGCGGCAACACCCCAGUCCCGAUCCUCAGCUCCGAAUUCGAUCAGAAGGAGGAUGGCAGCUAUUCCUUCUCAUACGAAACUGGAGAUGGUAUUAAGCGAUCAGAGGCCGGAGAACAGAAGAAGAUUGGCGAAGAGUCCGGAUCUACCUCCAACGGCAGCAUCUCGUGGAAGACCCCCGAAGGCAAAACCGUCACCAUCACUUUCGUCGCUGACGAGAGGGGAUUCCAGCCUAAAGUGACUGUCUCAUAAGAAGUUUUGACACAUUCUUAUUGGACUAUUCUCAACUCACUGGACUGGACAAACCGAUAUCGCCAAAUCAAUCCCCCCUCCUCAAUCCCAGCCUUUGAUAUACAGUAUUUUGGUUCAUUACUAUCAUUGCUUCAAUUAUUGCGAUGAUGCAAUGAACCGAGCCGCCUAUUUUUAUUUUAAAAAUUAAGCUACGAGCGAAGCAAAACCCAAUUUGAAAUUUGGCGCCAAUAUUCCUAUUUGAAUUUUCCUAUUUCUUGAUUUUACUCGAAAACAAAAAUUCUAUUUGUCUAUACAACUCUAUCACACGCAACGCAUAGAAAUACACCUGUUUGUAUACCAAAA